AUGGCUGAAACGGAAAUAAUAUCGAAUAGUGAUAAUAAUGAGCAAUUUUUUGAAGGUGUCGAAAAGUUAAUUGAAAUAUGGUUUACACCGGUCCAGCACGCUGAUUUAAGAAAAAUCACUCGCCAACAAUGGGAGAAUGUUUUGAAAAUAGUCCGUUGUGAGAUCAUAUCUUUUACACAGAGUGACCAAGUUGAUGCAUAUGUAUUGAGGUAUGUUGUAGAAAAUAAUUUUAUAUGA